AUGUUCAACGUUGCUCCUUCGCUGAAGUUCCGACGAGACAAGGACGAUAUACAUUGUGACGUUGAAAUCAGCAUUGCCCAGGCAGUGUUAGGAGGCACAGUCAAGGUUCCGGGUAUUAUGGAAGAUAUUUAUGUGCAUAUACCACCUGGAACUGCUAGUCAUACAAAGAUGAGGUCUGAUCUCACGUUUAGAUUAUCUGGCAAAGGAGUGAAGCGAUUGCAUUCCGCGGGAUACGGUGAUCAGUACAUCCAUAUAAAAGUUGCUGUUCCUAGGAAGGGAUACAAAGCGCGAUAA